UCUCUUGUUAGUUUGAGAAUCGGGGCUAACUUUACUCGCCCCACUCGGGACAGCAUCUUAUCGCAGGGGAAACUCCGCAGAGCCCUCAUUAGAAUUCCCUGUCCGUACUGCUCCGUUAUAUUAUAGUGGGAGGCACCGUGCAUCCCGCCUCCGUGCGCGCCUCUUAAUUAUUACGCACCACGCAUUAACAAAAGGCUCCCAUCGCUCACCGACACUACCCCGCUUCACGUGUCACUCAUUUACACCGUCUGGAAGGAGCGAGGAAGGUGCGUGAAGCGAAAGGUCCGGCGGAGGGGGGGAGGUUUCGUCCUGUGCAUCUCAUUUGCCCACCGCUUGGACGCACCGUGUCGCCUUGCACUGUCCGCUCCCCGCAGUCCUCGCGUCUUCCCGGGGCUCCCUUCUUCAAGAGGGUCUGGCUGCUGUGGAUGUGACAUAUUAUCCCAACAUGUGCUCCACAACGGGUUGGCAAGUACCCGACGUUACGACGCACCGUGUCUACUAGAGAACCAUGAGCACUGUGGAGGAGGAGCCGGACCACAUGAUACCAUGAAGACACGCCUCCAGGUCCUGCGCUGCCAGCUGCUGAGUGUCCUUGCCUUCCUCGCACUGCCACUAGGACUGGUAUCAUCAGCACAGGACGUCUCCGUCACCAUGGCAGCAACCCAGCACCAGCAGCAUCGCCCAGACUGGCCACAAGAGGGCUCCAGCAGUGGAGAGUGGUCUUCCUCUGGCCUCUCCCAUCCAAUGCUGACCCCACCUGCAUCUGCAUGGCUCCAUGUCACACAACCCCCCAAUCAUAUCACUGUGAACACUGCUAGCUCUAAACCAGGACACAAGACUCAAGGUUAUACUCCCAAAGAGACCAUUCAAGAUGUUCCAAAUUCAGAUACAAAGAAUAAUGUCCGUGGAUUCAAAGGUGGAAAUUUGAUUGGCCCAGAGCUUACUACAUUCAAAAAUCAAAACAUUGCACUUGGCCUUAGACGUAGAGGCCACACUCAGGAUGGCCCCAGAAGGUCAGACCAUCAUGCCAUUACCCUAAGAGAGGUGCACACAGACGCUGAACCUCCUACUAAUGAACUAGUUCUGCAACCAAGCUCCAAUUCUCCCACUGACGACCAUGUACAAUCCACAACACUUUCCACUACCAUAAAAUUCAACACAGACAAUUCAAACUUUAAUAUUAGUGAAACCACGACGGAGGAGGGUAACAGUCAAGCUAACGUCUCGGACAACACCCCACUAGGACACUGGAUGGUGACUGCGACUGCUUUAAGGGGGCUGUUGCUGUCCAAUGCCAGCUCCAGUGACGCUAAUAAUGCCGCUAAGGGAAACACUUCAGAGUUUGAGUCCACGGCCAGCGGGAACUUUCUAAACAGGCAGGUCCCGGCCACCACGCAGGACCCCUGGAUGUCAGCUAACAGCUCGGGUCCCACCAUGGAACCACCCCCCUCCCGGAUGAUGGUCUGCCUGAGCCGCAUGGACAUAGUGUGGAUCGUGUUAGCCAUCAGCGUGCCUGUGUCCUCAUGCUCCGUGCUGCUGACUGUAUGCUGUAUGAGGAGGAAGAAGAAGUCGACCAAUCAGGAGAACAACCUGAGCUACUGGAACAACGCCAUCACUAUGGACUACUUCAGUCGGCACGCCGUGGAGCUGCCCCGAGAGAUCCACACUCUAGAGAGCGAGGAGCAUGAUGCUUAUCUGCCCCCUAAUGGUGACUACAGCGGUAGCAGCAUGGUCCUGGUCAACCCUUUUUGUCAGGAGACUCUGUUUAUCAACCGAGACAAGGCUUCUGCCAUCUAGAGACAGUCAUAUUGAUAAUAACCUACUGUUGUGGCUAUUUUAUAUAUUCUUUACUGUAUGUAACUAUCCAGAGACUUGACUUUUUACUCUAUAUGUAAAAAAAAGGAACAGAGAAGAGAAAAAGUCAUGUAAACAUAUGUAUUUACUAUGAGGAUGCAGCGUCUUAUUUUUCUGAUGUACAAUUUCUACAAGAGGCUUAAUUGUGAUAAAGGUUUCUAUGUCUUUAUAAAACUGCUGUAAGUGGUUUGAGUGGCUGUGAAUGGUUGCAAUGAUAACACAAUAGCUUGUCCUUUAAAAGUAAUCCCAAAAUACUUAUAUAGCCUGUUCAACUUGAAUAUUUAGCACCUAUAGGUUGUGGGCUUGUGCCGAAAAUGGUCAAUGCAAUCAGUUUGAAGUAACAGUGUCUGUGAAGUAUGAGUCACUAGAGCGCUGUUGUACAAAGCUGAUUUAGAUUUCCUGGUUAAGUAUGUUCUUUUUAUUUUAUACAACUGUUCUGGAAUAUGUUUUUUGCUAAUUUUGAGAGGGCAAAACCAAGACCACCUUAUUGUAUUUGUGUUAUAGAAAGUACACGAAUGACAACAAAGACAUCAAAUUAGAUUAUGGGUAUCCUAUUUUUUAUCUCAGCGACACAAUCUAUAA